GACGUCCCCGGAGGUAUAAAAGGCCGGGUGGGAGCCGCCCUCCUGUAGGAGCCGCGGGCAAGGAGGCGACGAAGAAACUUGUUAGAACUUAACCGGAAAGGAGGAGUUGAGAUUACAGACAUCUGCCAAAAAUGAUUUCUUCAAAGCCCCAAAUUGUCAUACCUUAUGGCCUCAGGAACCUGCUCGAGGGAAUUAGCAGAGCCGUCCUCAAAACCAGCCCGCAAAACGUCACCCAGUUUGUAGCAGUUUAUUUUGAAGAACUUAUUCUGUUUAGAAAAGGGAAUGCUUCUCUGGAUAUAAAAGAUCUGGUUAAGCAGUUUCAGCAGGUUAAAGUUGAGAAGUGGUCAAAAGGAACGACACAAGAGAAGAUAUCCAAAAGUGUAAAAGAACCAACAGAAAUACCUACCGCUUCCCAAGAACCUACACGGAUGGAAAAAUCUACAGACACAGAGGAGGACAAUAUAGCUGGACCACUGGUUAGCAACAAAACCACUCAGUGCCCAUCAGCUCAUGCUGAGCGGCUCACAGAGCCUGAGGAGACAUCCGAAGCAGUCUGCGGGCCUUCAAAACCAUCCACGCCUAAGACCACUACCGCACCCUCAUCGCCAUGUCAAGCAGCUGUCUCCUCAGAGUUGGCCUAUGUCCCAGCUGACCCAGCUCAGUUUGCUGCUCAGAUGUUAGCAAUAGCAACAAGCGAAGCAGGACAAGCACCACCAUAUUUUAACAUGUGGACCCUUUAUUGUCUAACUGAUAUGAAUCAACAAAAUCGCCCAUCACCACCACCUGCUACUGGGCCUUUCCCCCAAGCAACCCUCUAUUUACCUAAUUCUAAGGAUCCACAGUUUCUGGAGCAUCCACCGAAAGUUACUCCUCCAACUUAUGUGAUGAUGGACAACAGCAAGAAGACCGGGGCCCCACUUUUUAUUCUAGUAGGCUCAAAUGUUCAGGAAGUGCAGGACUGGAAACCUCUUCCUGGACAUGCUGUGGUCUCCCAGGCAGAUCCCUUGAAGAGAUAUGCUACAGUCCAAGUACCCAUUGUGGUUCCUGCAGAUCAGAAAUUCCAGAAAUACCCCCCAAACCCCCGGAAUGCUAAUCCUCCUACAAGUGGACAAGAUGUCCCCAGGCCACAAAGCCCAGCUUUUCUUUCUGCUGCUUUCCCAGUAGAGGGUGUAGCCAAAAAGGGUUCAGGAUCUGGUGACAAACAUAUCCCCUUUGGGAGUUAUGGUAUUGCUGGAGAAAUAACCUUGACUACUGCCCAUGUUCGCACAGCAGAAACUUAAAACUGGCAGGUAAAUUUCCCUACCAUAAUAUGUGGCAGUUUUCAGCAUUGUGAUUUGUUGACCUGGAGACUGAGAUAUUUAAAAUUUAAAUUGAAUUGAGAUACGCAAUGAGUUUGGGUGUCCUCUAAUUUGAUGAGAUUAUUGUCUCCAGCUUCCUUACCGC